AUGCUUUUCACCCACGAAUGGGAACAGCUGUCUCCGGACAGCUGGAUCAUGCAGACUAUAUCCCGUGGGUACCAGAUAGAGUUUACUUCCCCUCCGGUUGCGUACGGAGGGAUGAACAUGCCCAUUCCAGCCUCCCCCGAGAAGAGGGAAGCCCUGUUUUCAGGGGUGAACGACCUUCUUUUGAAAGGGGCUGUGGUCGAAGUUUUUCCGACUACCGAAGACAAGGGGUUCGUUUCCACACUCUUCCUGACAGAAAAAUCGUCAGGCGGAUGGCGCCCUAUCCUAAAUCUGCGGCGGCUGAACCAAUGGAUCAGACCGCAAAAAUUCCACAUGGACACUCUCGCUCUUAUUCUCCAGGGGCUCAUGCCCGGGGACUGGGCCGCUACUAUAGACCUCAAGGAUGCUUACUUUCACGUGCCUAUUUUCCCAGAAGAUCGCAAAUGGCUGCGUUUCCGUCUGGACGGUCGUACGUAUCAGUUCAAAGUUCUUCCCUUCGGUCUAUCCACGGCUCCUCGGGUGUUUACACGGGUGGUAAAAUCCCUAGGUCCAGUGUUCCACGCGAGAGGGAUACGUAUUUUCAUGUACCUAGACGACUGGCUCGUGGUUGCAAAUUCCCGAGUGACUCUGUUGCAUCAUCUUAGCAUUGUCUUAGACAUGACGGAAACAGUAGGGUUCAUUAUCAACCGGGAGAAAUCGGUUUUGGUUCCCACGCAACUUCCGCUGUUUCUGGGGGCGCACAUCGAUCUUGUUCAUUCAGUGGCGUUCCCCUCCACGGGUCGGAUCAGCAAGUGCCAACUAGCAAUCACUCAGCUUCUUUCCCUUCCUCAUUCCCCAGCCGAGUCGUGGCUGCGGAUGUUGGGGUUUCUCGCGAGCCUGGUAGACCUAGUUCCUUAUUGCCGGCUUCGUAUGCGCCCUCUUCAACUGCAUCUGCUCGCGUUUUUCUCUCCAGCGUCUCGGGACUUGUCAGCUCAGAUUCCCUUGAACGCAUUUGUCGCCAGGCACCUCCGGUGGUGGCUUCAGGAGAACGUGCUUCAGGGCGGGAAGUCUUUCCCCGACCCUCUCCCCGCCUUUCGCUUUUCGGCCGACGCCUCCCUCGGGGGUUGGGGCGGUUGUUCGCUCAUGGAGCGCGUCGCGGGUGACUGGUCGCUGGAAGAAUCCACCAGUCAUAUAAACGUUCUGGAGCUUUUAGCAGUUCGUCGGUCUCUGGAGGCCUUCGUCGAUCGGGCAAAGGGGAAAGCUGUGCUAGUUCAUUUCGACAGUUCAACCGUGGUCUCCUACAUCAACCGUCAGGGCGGCACGCAUUCACCAACGCUAUGCUUCCAUACAUGGCAGCUCCUACUUUGGUGUCUCAGCCAUCGCAUUCAUCUUCGAGCAGCUCACAUUCCCGGCCGACUGAAUGUCCUCGCCGAUUCGCUGUCUCGACUAAUAAUUGUGUUUGCCAUUGCUUUGCAGGAUUUAUUGAUGAAUCAUCUAGGUGUGCUGCCCACCAAAGAGGGCACUUGUAUGCUGAACAUACCACCACGCACCCUAUCGGCCAUGGCCCACGUACUGUUGCUAAGGAUUAAGGUCAAUGGAGAUUUCAAGAUCUGUGUUAGCCUCUGGGAUGCUAUGCUAGACACGCUGCUGCAGAAAGUUCUCUCAACAGAAAACAUUGUAGAUUCUGAUGAUGUGAAUGUUGAGUACAUGCAGCUGUUGCUGUUUAUGUUUCAUAGUCUCACUACAUCUGUUCAGAAGCGGCUUUUACUGAAGUGUGCUCAAUGUCUUGUUAAGGCAUCCAAGAUCAAGACUCUUGAUGAGAAAGUGUCGUUCGCAUUAGUGCGACUUGUUCUGUUGUUCGAGUAUUUCGUGCAUAGCUAUUCAAAGGCCUCUAAACCACUAUAUGAAAACAUGCAAUGGAAUAUAUUCACGGUGCAGUCAUCAGACCCAGCCUACAUGUUGUACCAAGAUGAAAGUGGCGGUGUUGCCAUAACAAAGGUUUACAAUCCUUGUAAAGAGGUUGAAGAUAAUUAUAGAAAAGCUUGCAGUAUUGGUACUCCAGCAACUGACAUCACAGGAACUUCAUUCAAACAGACUUUCUACAACUUGGUGCUGUCAAAUGAGACAGGCCAGUCACCACCAAAGACAGAUAGGAAGGUAUUUCAGAUACUCUUUGAUAGUAGCUUUGACUACAGUGAACUGUACAGCGCCCUCAUCAGAUUACUUGGAGCUGGAUCUAAGUGUCAGGUGGUGCAAGGCAGUAAAGAUACAAGAAUGACAUAUAUGGAAUCCAGUACAUUACACUACAGCUUUGUUGUUUGUUGGAGGCUGUUAGGCAAUCUACCGCCCUCUGUUGGUUUCAUCAAACUGCUUGAGAGUCAAGCGAAGGGCAAGGAACAAUUUAUGUCUUCAAUGGAGAUGCAGCAGGCAAUGCGAUGGAUCCCUAGGCUGGCAACUGAUGUUUACAAAGUAUGGGUGAAGGAUAACUUGUGUGAUCAGAGACUGCCAGCAUCUGAGGUGAACAUCCUACUAACUACCAUCACAACUGGUUGCAACUGUGUGGAAUUUGAAAUCAAAAUGCUGGAGAACUUCAUCAAGGAACAGUUGGCUGAUAUUAUACCUGCAAUUGAAGAGAAUGACAUAAUACCAUUGGAAAGGCUGCCGUCUUUCAGAACAAUCUGCAUCAUCGAUGCUCUGCUGACUAAAACGUAUAUCACCUUAGAAGAUCGUUUUGCCAAGGCUAUGAGUGAUACUGAUCCUCACAAGGCUAUGGCUGUUGCUAAGGACCUUUUACCACUGAUGUUCCAGCUGAUUGCAAGUUAUGUUACAGUUGCCAGAACAUACAUCCUAUAUCAGAUAUUGAGUCAUGAAGACAUGAAACCAGAACAGACUGGCAAUGAAGCACUCACUUUCUAUGACACUGUGCUACGUAUUGCAUCUGGUCGUGCAUCCAAGCUGUCAAAUGUUGGCUCCACUUUGAUCCUUAACCUGCCAGGACCUGUGCGGAAUGUAGUAGAGAAGUGGGGAACCAGUAGCAUCACAGAAUUCCCGGCCAUCAGCUCUUGUAAGAAUGCAUUUGCAAAAGAUCUAGUUCCCUCUGAGAGUCUGCUCUAUGCAACCCAAGCCGCUCACCUAAGCACAUUAUCAAAUUCAGAGACUACCUUCCCAAUUGCAUCAUCACUAAAACAUGCAUUGCUGACUAUGGUACAGUUUGCAAGAGAGCUACUUGUGUAUUUGAUUGAUGUCCUGUUGUCAGCCAGGCAUGAACACCUCUCCUUUGAAUUUGGAACCAAAGUUCUGAAGUUUUUCAAUAAGCUGUUUCAGCUUGCUGAUAAGCCUCCACCUGACAGCAGUCUAAAUAGGCUCUGCUCCUUUCUGUCCUCCCUCUCUCAGCCUGCCUACCUGCAAGCGGUACAGACAUGGCUACGCAAGGCCAUCCAAGGAGAUGCGACGGACAAGAUACAAGAGAACAGGCAACUGCUCCAAUGCUUCGCCUCAUAUAUUGUCAAAGAGACCAGUCCUGUUGGAGAGAGUGUGGCAACCAGCCUUCUUGAGGCUCUGAUCCCAAUGGCUACAGAUCAGCUUUCUGGCAAUGGAGAGCCAGCUGGGUUCUCAGAGUUAAUGGUUGUAAUGAUCACGCUAGCUGGAGCAGGCUCAGGCAGAGGUUACAUUUCUCUCUUUAAAGCUUCUCUUAGUUGGUUGCAGCAAUGUAAGAAGUAUCUUGAUAAUAAAGAUGUUAUUGAAAAGAUGAAUGCUGACAUAACAGAAACAAAGCUCUCCAGCCUAAUGGAAGCAGCAAACAGUAUACUUCAACACAUCGCUAACACUCUUGGUGCUCUCAAACAGACCUCAGACAGGACAUCUUCUCUUCCGUUUGAAACGGAAUCCAGUGCACAGGAAGUGGACUCUGAUUGGGCAGAGGAUCUCGUUCCCGAAGAUGAUGAUUCAGGCGGAGAAGACUCGGAUGAAGACUCACUUUGUAACAAACUUUGUACAUUUACUAUCACGCAGAAGGAGUUCAUGAAUCAACAUUGGUACCACUGUCAUACUUGCAAAAUGGUUGAUGGAGUAGGGGUUUGCACCAUCUGUGCCAAAGUCUGCCAUAAAGGUCAUGACCUCUCAUAUGCCAAAUAUGGAAGUUUCUUUUGUGACUGUGGAGCCAAAGAAGAUGGUAGUUGCCAGGCUUUGGUAAAGAGAACACCAGGUAGUGGCCUAGAUUCAUUGAUGAGUGCUAGUUGCAUGGCCUCGCCGUUUGCUCUUGAGAAGGGUAGCUCUGACAUGGCUUUGGUAAAGAGAACACCAGGUAGUGGCCUAGAUUCAUCGAUGAGUGCUAGUUGCAUGGCCUCGCCGUUUGCUCUUGAGAAGAGUAGCUCUGACAUGAUUCAACAGCAGACAGUACAUACAGUAUCAGAGCGUGUGAUGCUACAUAGCAACACAGACAGCGACAUGAAAGCCUUCAAUGAGAAAAUAAAAUUCUACCAGUCGCUAGGACAGCAGAUCAAGGACAUACGGGAAGACAUAGUGCAAUGCUUGGAGAACUCAUCCAGUGCUAAUCUAGUGCUAGAACUUCUUCAGUUGUUACGCAAUCCUAUCGCCAAACACAGCCUGAAAACAUCAGCGAUUGGCGCCACCAAGAGAGCACAGAAUGCAUUGAAAGAACUUGCCAGUGCACACAAAACAGUAGAACACACAGAUCAUCUUAUGAUGCCAACACUUGGCUCUCAGGAAGGUGCAUUUGAAAACGUACGUAUGAAUUAUUCUGGCGACCAGGGUCAAACAAUCCGCCAGCUAAUCAGUGCCCACAUGUUGCGCCGUGUGGCCAUGUGCUGUCUGACAUCACCACAUGGUCGCCGUCAACAUUUGGCGGUCAGCCAUGAGAAAGGCAAGAUUACUGUGCUGCAGCUCUCAGCGCUCCUGAGGCAGGCUGAUUCCAGCAAGAAGAAGUUGACACUUACUAGACUUUCAUCAGCUCCAGUUCCAUUCACAGUACUCAGUAUUACUGGCAACCCAUGCAAUGAAGACUUCCUUGCAGUCUGCGGUCUCAAGGAUUGCCAUGUCCUCACCUUCACCAGCUCCGGUAGCGUUGCUGACCACUUAGUCCUGCAGCCUCAGUUAGAGUCUGGCAACUUUAUUAUCAAAGCCAUUUGGUUGCCAGGUUCACAGACUGAGCUCGCCAUUGUGACCGCUGACUUUGUCAAGAUCUAUGACCUUUCCAAGGAUGCUACCAACCCAUGUUACUGUUUUCUGCUACCAAGUGGUAAAGUGCGUGAUGCUACAUUUGUUUUCACUGAGGAGUCGCGUACCAUGGUGCUGAUGUCGUCAGCUGGCCACCUCUACGCACAACCAAUGGAGGAGAUAAGCUCUGCAACCCAUGGCCCAUUCUUUGUAACAAAUGUUAUGGUUGUGGCCCAUGAGGAUGUAAAGGAGACUAAUGGGAAUACAUUUGGUGGUGGUGUGUCCUGCUAUUAUUCGCAUACUCUGCAGCUCUUAUUCUUUAGCUAUUCGCAAGGCAAGAACUUUAUCGCAGCCAUCAGCAAGGAUUUCAGCCAGAUUACAACUCCAUUUGCAGUCACAUUGAAAAGUAAUGGUGGUAAUAAGUCCAACCCUCCAGCCUUGUGUCAGUGGAGUGAGGUGGUCAACCAUCCUGGUCUUGUAUGUGCUCUUACGCAGACCUCUAGCAUCCCAGUCAUCCUGAUGGUCGAACCAGAACGUGUCAUGGUCCAAGAGGUCAAGGCACUUCCAGCAAAAGCAAAGGUGCAAGACAUGGUUGCUAUCAGACACACCUCAUCAUCAGACCAGCAGCGGACAACCCUGAUCCUCUUGUGUGAGGAUGGCAGCUUGCGCAUCUACAUGGCAAACAUCGAUAACACCAGCUAUUGGUUAUCCUCCAAGUUCCAGACACCUAGUGCUAUAAAUACGCUGAAGCCUUACAGGAAGAAGAAGACUACCAAAUCUGGUCGACCUACAGGUCAGGUCUCAUUUCCUGUAGAUUUCUUUGAGAAUUGUCAAGCGAUGAAUGAUGUUGAAUUUGGGGGAAAUGACCUGCUCCAGGUUUACAAUGUACAACAAGUAAAACACAGACUGAAUACAACAGGCACAUAUGUUGCCAGUACAAAGCCUAAUGGAUUUUCCAUUCAAAUCACAAACAACAACAGCUCCAUGGUAAUGGUAGGGGUCAGAGUUCAUGUUGGUACCCAGUUCAUCGAGAAGGCACCAUCCUACCUGGAGGUUUUUGGCCGUUCCACACAGGCGUCAUUGCUCCGUAAUCGUUGGUACGAUAUGCCGUUUACACGAGAUGAGUCUCUCACUGCCGACAAGAAAUUCACAUUAUUUGUUGGUGCCUCACAGGACCCAAACAAUGUCACAAUGGUGGAUUCCAUUAAAGUGUAUGGCAAAACUAAAGAGUCAUUUGGAUGGCCAGAUGAUCCGCCAGAAGAUUUCCCAGCAACCACAGGACAACCUCCACCAGCAUCUGCUGCAGCCACACCGACAAAUGACAAUGAGGUGCUAGCAUCGCCACCAUUACCUUUGACCCCUCUGGAUAAGCUUGUAGCAUCUUCAGUCGAAGUGCUCGAUGGAUAUGUAUCGUUGGUUCCCAUGGUAGCAAAGGAGUCUAUUAAGCAGACGAUGUUAGACCUAGCAACAGAGUUACUGAUAAUGCCAACACCUAAUUGUGUCCAGCAGCAGACCAAGAUGCUGCUAGCUGCCUUGCUUCAGCCUAACACUGCAACCUACCACAGCCACAAGGAUGAAGCCCAACUGAACCAUGUGAUAAAAUGCUUAGGCACGAGUCAUGAAACACCAGAACUUGACCCUGAGGGCUAUCAGAGCCUUGUCGUUACUGCACGUACAGUGGCUGCAGCUAGGCCUGUUAACCUUGUGCAGUUUGCUAACCGUCACCAUACAUCAUCAUGGGUAGAAGAUGAAUCUCCCAAAAGAACACCAGGAAGCUCCAAGAAAAUGAUGACCUCACCAAUGGAGCCGCUGAAGCUGUCAGACCUGAAUGAAGAGGAGAACCAGCACUUCCUAGUCAAGAUGGUUGAUGCAUUCUGGCGUUUGCAUGACAGUAAACCAUCUUUAAGUAUCCUGGCCCCAGCCUGUCUCCCAGGUCUGACAAAUAUUGAAGUGACUGUCGGUGCACUAGUUGAGAUCAUACAUGCCUUUGCUGCCAAUGAUGUUAAUAACAUCAACCUAGCAACCAAGCUAUAUAUGAAAAUGCUUAUGUCAGAGGACCAGUCUGUUAGCUUUGCUUGUAAACAGGCUUUGAUAAAAGUGAUGCGACCACGACAUCGCAGACGUCGAGUCAUCAUUCCAUCGCCACCUAGAUGCAGCUCGCCAAACGCUGGUGGAACCGGAGGGGAGGACGAUGAUGGAGAUGAUAAGGGACCGCCAGGUGGUGGAGGAGGAGAAGCUCUUGGAGAGCCUGAAGCAAUAGUAGAGGAACCAGAAGAGUCAGGAUUUGAGAUAGUGGACCAGGAACCAAUGGUUCUAGAGCCUGGUGAGAUCCCUGGAGCAGUUGGAGCCAACCACCUCAACUUGGAGGCUCUGCUUGGUGGACGUGGUAGCCUAGCCCCUAUGCUAGACCUCCCACCUGAUGCAGAUGAUGAAGCCAUGAUGGAGCUGGCUAUAGCCCUAAGCCUUCAAGAGCAAGGUGGCUCAGCUGCAGCUAGGCUAAACCUACAGGGUAUGGCACUAUCAGGACAAGGCCAGAGUUCAUCCUCACUGGAGGCAGGAACCCUCUCAGACACAACAGCUUCAGCUGCAGCAAGUGAUGAUGAAGGCAGCACAGCUGCCACAGAUGGCUCUACCUUGAGGACCUCACCAGCUGAGCAGACAGGCAGCGGUGGAUCAGAGAGCGGUGGCAGUGCAGCUGAUUCUAUUACUGGAGAACACAGUGUUUCAUCUUACUCAGCCGUUAGUGGACGUAGCAGCACCUUUGGCGACACUAUUCAUGAGGGAAAUUCCAACCCGCCAGAGAGCAUAUCAAGUGUUGGUGGAGGCCAAAACUCCAACCAACCAGAUAGCUCUGACCUACUGGAGAGUGAUGCAGAUGCCACACACAGAAUGCAUCUACUCAGAAUCAUGCUACUGGAUAGGUUCCUGCAGUAUCUCCCUGAACUAAGAGAUGUUGGUGGAGUUCGGGCCAUUCCAUUUAUGCAGGUUUUACUCAUGCUGAGUUCAGAUUUGGAUCUAGAGGAAGAUAAAGACUGUGGAGCAAUGGAUAAUCUCCUGGUUGCCAUGCUAGGCGAGUUGAACAUGAGUUGCCGUGACUUCACAAACAUCGCAGAGAGAACACCACAUCACGAGGUGCAGCUGAUCAUAAUGCGUCUGCUAAGCGUAUUCAUGUCACGGUCCAAGUCUGGGACAAAGACCACAUCUUCUGAGACAUCGGCAAUGAUCUCGCACACCACUGCCACCGCCAUGCUGAGCAGCGGUGCUAUUGAGUACUGCCAACACAUCCUCAAGUCACUCCUGGAGCAUUGGAAGCAAGCAUCUCCAGAUGAGGAGUCGGGUACAGUGGCAUCAAAUCUUCUAAAGCCUCAUCCAGUGUUGCCUCCAGCAGACAUGUCCCCCUUUUUUCUCAGACAGUAUGUCAAGGGUCAUGCAGGAGAUGUUUUUGAGGCCUACACUCAGCUGUUGACCGAGAUGGUGCUCCGUUUGCCAUACCAAAUUAAGAAGAUAUGUGAUUCCAAUCCAUCUGUUGGUCAUCCAGUCUUUGACCAAGCCUGGAUAUUCAAUCUCUGUGAGUAUAUGAUAACACAACAGACUCCGUUUGUCCGCCGCCAAGUCCGUAAACUCUUGUUGUUCAUCUGCGGAAAGAAAGAUUUGUACCGGCAGCUAAGAGAUCUUCACUCACUGGAGUCUCAUAUGAAAGACAUCAAGCACAUCUGUUUUAAACAUGGAGUCGACUUGACCAAAACAGGGGCAGUUCCAGCCUCUAUUCCAUAUGACACACUCAUUUCAUUGAUUGAGCAUUUGAAAGCAUGUCAGGAGGUAGCAACGACUCGUACACACAACUGGCAGAAGUUCUGUUUGCGCCAAGACAAUGUACUGUCCAGUCUACUACAUGCUAGUUUCUACCUGGAUGAAGGCGUUGCUCCCACCCUCCUGCAUCUACUGACAGCAGCCCUCUGUGGCACCAAGUCCACCUCAUCAAGCUCAAGUUCCAGCAAGCAUAAGAAAGAGAAGAGAGAGGAGAAGGAAAAAGAAAAAGAAAAAGCUGAAGAUUCUUCUGACGAGCAGCUGAAACAUGAUGACAACAUGUGCCAGAAACUCAUCAAUCAAUUCAACAAGUCAAUCAACAAUCAAACCCUGGCUCACUUUAUUCGGCUCUUCCUGCUUGAGUCAAACAACACCUCAGUACGUUGGCAAGCACACAAGCUUGUCCACCAUAUAUUCAAGAGCUCAUCUGGCCAGCUGCAGGAGAAUCUGCUGACCCUGAUGUGGGAUCUAUGGCCUGAGCUGUCAACAUAUGGCCGCAAGUCAGCUCAGUUUGUUGACCUGCUUGGUUACUUUUCCCUUAAAGUUCCCUACAACUCUGCCAAGUCAAAGCAGUAUGUGCAGAAAGCUACAGCUCUCCUGAAGGCCCAAAACCUGGUCCUAGCAAAUCAUCCAAACUCAAACAUCUACAACAACCUUGCUGGUCUAGUUGAAUUUGAUGGUUUUUAUUUAGAGAGUGACCCUUGCCUUGUGUGCAACAACCCAGAGGUGCCAUUUGGCAACAUCAAGUUGUCUGCAAUAAAAGUGGAUUCACGUUACACAGCCAACUCGCAAAUUGUCAAGCUUGUUAGCACCCACACGAUAUCAAAGGUGUCACUACGCAUCAGCGACCUCAAACGUACCAAAAUGGUACGAACCAUCAAUAUCUACUACAACAACCGCACAGUGCAAUCUGUAGUUGAACUCAAGAAUAAGCCUACUAUGUGGUACAAGGCUAAGAAAUGCACUCUUACAGCAGGCCAGACUGAGCUUAAGGUUGAGUUUCCAUUACCAAUAGUUGCAGCUAACAUAAUGAUUGAAUACCUAGACUUCUACGACAACUUGCAGGCCUCGGCUGAGACCCUGCAGUGCCCUCGGUGCAGCGCGUCAGUGCCUGCUAACCCCGGUGUCUGCGGCAACUGUGGAGAGAACGUUUUCCAGUGCCAUAAGUGCAGAGCCAUUAAUUAUGAUGAGAAGGAUCCAUUUUUGUGCAAUGCCUGCGGUUUUUGCAAGUAUGCUAAGUUUGAUUUUACUCUGACUGCCAAAGCCUGCUGUGCAGUGGAUCCAAUUGAAAGUGAAGAUGACAGAAAGAAGUCCACAAGCACCAUAAAUUCCUUGCUAGAGAAGGCUGACCGAGUCUACCGCCAACUCGUCUCGCACAAACCCCAUCUUGAGACACUCCUCGUCAAGCUCAAUGAGUUUGGACGCGAGAAACAGGAGGAGACUUCUACUGGUACUAGUGGAGGAGGAUCUACUACUAAUGUCAAUCGUACAAUUCAACAGAUUGCCCAGAGGUACUGCGGAGACUGCAAAUCCACUUUUGAAGACUUGAGCAAGAUAAUACAGAGAGUGUUGGCUUCACGUAAAGAACUUGUGGAGUAUGACCGUUCCCAACGCGAAGCUGCAGCUAGCCUGUCUGAAGCUAGCCCAGCAGUCACUCCGAUCUCAACACCACUGGCAAGCCCAAGACCCUCACCAUCAUCCAACAUGAAAGCCGUACCACUACCAUCAUGCAGGCCUACAGAAGCCAGUAUUGGUCGUUGCUAUGGAUGCGCUGCUGCUGCCACUGAGCAUUGUGUCACGUUGCUAAGGGCCCUAGCGUCCCAUUCAGACACCAGGCAAAUUCUUGUGAAUCAGGGCCUAAUCAUAGAGCUUGUAGAGUACAAUCUUCGACGUGGCACUGCCGUGUUCAGGAGUGAUGUACGACAGCUUCUCUGCAUGCUGACCCGUGACAAUGCUGGUGCAACUUCGCAACUGAAUACCAUUCUAAUGGAUCGUGUCCAGAGUGCUUUACAGGGUUACAGAUCAAACCCAGAUGUGGCUGCAGCAGUAAGAAAUGAGAUGGAACUUCUUACUAACACAAUUGAGCAUGAUGAAACCUGCUGGGAACAAAGACUUAAAUGUGUUAUGAAAUUGUUCCUGGGGUCAGUAAAGAUUACGAGUCCAGUUGUGAUGGAGAACAUCACUCUGCCAUGCCUCAAAAUCCUGCAGCAUCUGGUGAAACCUCCUCCUCCAUCUUGUAAAGCUAACAAGGAUAAAACAGUGGAGCAGCUGAGUAGCAUGAAGCCCAGUGGCAGUGAUGUGUAUGUGAAUACCACCCAGUGGCUGAGCAUGUCGUCCCCUAUCAACUAUGCCAUAUGGAGAACCAGAGUACCAGCGAAAAUAAAUGCCGAUGCCUCAGAAAAGUCUGCAAGAGCAAUCAGAGGUAAAUACCUGAUGGAGAAGUACACAAAGAUCUGGAAGGCUGGUGUGAAGAAGAGUCCUGAGAUGCUGCACCUAGGAAGCAGUACCUGGCUUCGCCGGGUGCUGUUUUCGCCUUCCUCACGAUCCGCCAGGCAGGCAGCAUGCAACAUUGUGGAAUCUCUUUGUCAGGUAUCAAGCAGGUGCCAGAAGAUGUUGGACCUCCUCACCAGCUAUCUUGAUGAGGUCGGUCGAAGUGGUGAGAGUGCUGCAGAGUUCCUGGCUCUCUACCAACGAUUAAUCAAGGAACCACACUGGAAGCGGUAUCUGGCCGCCAAAGGGGUGCUGCCCCACAUCGGAAGUCUCAUUACAAAUGAGAUUGAGCAGCUUGUUGCCUUAGAAGACACCACCCUCAGCUCAGAUCUUUCCCAGGGUUAUGCUUUGAAAAUGCUCACCGAACUACUGUCAUCAUUCAUCGAGGUUGAUACCAUCAAGCAACACUACAAAGGCAAGUUACUGGGGACAGUGCUGAAUGGUUACUUGUCCCUGAGGAAAUUGGUGGUCCAAAGAACAAAGCUUGUGGACGAGACGCAGCAAACGCUUCUGGAUCUGCUGGAGGAGAUGACAACAGGGACUGAAUCCGAGACUAGAGCAUUCAUGGCACUCUGUGUUGAGACAGUGAAGAAGUAUGAAGUGCAGGACCUGCGAACACCUGUCUUCAUUUUUGAGAGACUCUGCAACAUAAUCUUCCCUGAGGACAAUGACAUCGGUGAAUUCUUCAUGACGUUAGAGAAGGAACCACAACAAGAGGACUACCUCCAAGGUCGUAUGCAGGGCAAUCCUUACAGCUCCAAUGAGGCAGACCUAGGCCCACUUAUGAGAGAUGUCAAGAACAAGAUAUGCAGAGAUUGUGAAUUAGUGGCGCUUUUAGAAGAUGACACUGGAAUGGAGCUACUUGUAAACAACAAGAUCAUUAGCCUAGACUUGCCUGUCAAAGAAGUGUACAAACGGAUAUGGUGUCAUGACAACGAGGGUGAACCAAUGAGGAUUGUGUACCGUAUGAGGGGUCUGCUUGGAGAUGCUACAGAGGAGUUUAUAGAAACACUAGACAGCAGUAAAGAUGAAGAAGCCGAUGAUGAAGAAAUCUACAAGAUGGCUAAUGUGAUGCAUGAGUGUGAAGGGUUAGAGGUCAUUCUCUCGAGACUGGCAUCUCUGACCGAUCUGGUCCGUGGCCGACAGCUUCUCACAGUGAUGUUGAAGCUCUUCAACUACUGUAUCAAGGUAAAAGCCAACCGACAAAAGCUCAUCCAGCCUAGGCUACAAUCCAUUAACAUCAUGCUAGCCAUACUGAAUCGUGUGCUGUUUGCAGAGCAGAGGAACAGCGGCUCCGGCGGUGGAGCGGUGAUUGCCGAGCAAGUGCUAGCAAUCAUGGAGAUUGUACUGCAGGAGGCUAACAAUGAACCCCUACAAGAGGCCAAGGAGUCUGUAAACCUGACAUGUGAUAAGGCGCAGUUGGUGGCGCUACUGGACCGAGUCAACAGUUCAUUUGUGCGUUCCAAUGCAAACGUGCUUCAAGGUCUGAUGCGCAUCAUUCCGUUCUUAUCGUUCGGGGACAACGACAAGAUGGCAACUCUCAUCAAUCACUUCAAACCAUACUUGAACUUUGAAAAGUUUGAUGAAGAGCAGGCCCAAGAUCAUGUUGUACAUCUCCAAAGCUUCUGUGUAAUUGCUGCAGGAAUUGAGAGCAAUAACAGUGGCAACAACCUAAAAGAUCUAAUAAUCGAACAAGGAAUCGUGAAAAGCGCCACUGAUUACAUCAUCAACAAAAUGCCAGAGGCCAGCAACACAGAUUCUGCUGCCUGGAAGGAGUUUCUCGCAAGACCUUCUUUGCCUUACGUGCUGCGUCUGCUGGCCGGGCUCAGUACAGGGCAUACUAGGACACAGGAGUUGGUUGGUGCUGAGUGUAUCCCAGGCAUGCACCGUAUGGAACAGAUGUCAAGCGAGGAGGGAAUAGGAACACUGUCAGAGAAUCUAAUGGAAGCUCUGAAAAAGAAUCCCAAUGUUGCUAAGAAGAUUGAGGAAGUUAGGGCCCAGACGAAGGCAGAGAAGAAGCGACUAGCCAUGGCGAUGCGUAUGAAACAGCUUGGAGCUCUAGGCAUGUCUACAAAUGAGCGUGGACAGGUGACUGCGAAGAGCCUGCUAACAAAGCAGAUGGAAGAACUUGUAGAAGAGACAGGCCUAACAUGCUGUAUAUGUCGUGAAGGCUAUAAAUACCAACCAAAUAAAGUGUUAGUAAUCUAUACCUUUACAAAGCGGGUCCCAGUUGAGGAAUUUGAGAAUAAACCACGCAAGACACAGGGAUACAGCACAGUGUCACACUUUAACAUCAUUCACUAUGACUGCCACAUGUCCGCAGUAAGACUGGCGCGUGCUAGAGAGGAGUGGGAAAGUGCAGCCCUGCAGAAUGCCAACACCAAGUGCAAUGGACUACUACCCCUAUGGGGCCCUAAUGUACCGGAAUCAGCUUUUGCCAACUGCCUAGCCAGGCAUAAUACAUAUCUACAAGAAUGCACUGGACAUCGUGAACCAACCCAGCAUGGCACACUACAUGACCUGAAGCUUCUAAUGUUGCGCUUUGCCCGCGAGAAAUCAUUUAGCGAUGACAGUGGAGGAGGAGGCCGUCAGAGCAACGUCCAUCUGGUACCGUACAUGAUUCACAUGGCGUUGUAUGUCAUCAAUACGACCAGAUCUGGGACUCGUGAAUCGAAAAAUCUGAGUACCUUCUUAAAACAAGGAAAGGAGAAGUGGGUGGAGUCAAGCUAUGAGGUGGAUGGACCCCACUACUUCACACUGUUGGCAUCCAUGAUCCUCUCACAGGUGGAAUGGAAGGCAGAGCGUGUAACCUGCUUACGUCGUCUCAUCAUCACUGGACAGGCACGUCUAGUUUCUCCUGGAGGUUGCAAAACAAUCUCUGACAAAGCGGUAAAGGACUUCUCUGUGUAUAAGUCUUACAUAAUGUACUGGGCCCUGAUCAACUGCUUCUAUACAAUCCUCUUUAAGAAGGUCACCAUCUCGUCUGGAGACAACUGGUCAUCAUCUGUGGCUGAUUACAUUCGUAACAAUGAUGAAACUGUUCUAAAGGCAGCUGAUAGGUUGCUAUCCACUUAUGAGGAUGACCUUCUACCUUGUGAGUCAUUCGCUGAAUUCUGUGAGGUUAAUGGUUUGCUAGGUGAUAUCUCCAACCCAGAUGCAUUUAUCCUGGAAACCUUAAAAUCACUUUAAAUCAACUUAAGUUGUUUUGCUGUUAAAAUUAAUACACUAAAGGUCUAAAACCAAUUACUGUAGUAUGUUGUGGUGUAAUACACCUGUAGUCUAUCGAAAUAAAAAAUAAAUAAAUAAAACUAUUAUGGGAAGCUUAUUGCAGCCUGUUUAAUUAUUACCGAAUAACAGAAAAAAUUAAUUAACAGUUUUCCCAUCACAUUGUCUAAAUUAAAUUUCAUGUAAGAUGAAAUGUUUUCUAACAUGAAUGUCAUAAACUUACUUUAUAUCCAAUUAUUUUAAUUCUAGUGUUUUAAAUUCUGAUAGAAAAUUGAAAAAAAUAUUUGAACUGUGUGAAGAAUAAUGUUCUCUUUCUCCUGUUUCUGACUUCCAUAUUAGUUGGUUGAGACGACAUAUUAUACAACAUGCAGUUAUUGUUGAAUAGCUUCAUACAUGAAUAUAUAAAGUUAACCCAUUUUUAAAUUUAGCAUUGUCAACCAAGAAGCUUGAUUAUAGAGAUAAUGUAUUUCGUUUUGUUUUAGGAAUUGUGAUAACUUUCAUUUUGAAUAAGUAAAAGUAACCAUAUAGUCUGCUGUUCAUUCAUCUUGUUAUAUUACUGGCAUAAAAAAAAGCCUUAAAUAUCAAAUAAUAAAUCAGUAAAUACUUGUGAGCCACAAGCCCGAAUUUAAACAUUUCAAGUAGCGCAUUAUGUGCACAGUAUAGACGUAUGUGACGUCAUAAGUCCCAUCUAUGUUUAGUCUCUAUCUUUCCUAUCUUGCAUGAAAUCUUCAAUAAAAUCUAUCCAUUAAAAAG